AUGUCGAUGACCACUGACCGAGUUCUCCGUCACAACAAGAGAUUACCAAAGUCGUCUAGAUACUCUCCAUACACUUUAGGGACAAAGGAGAAGCAGAAAGAGGAGGCUGUAUACGACUAGGAGUUGAGCUCUCGCUUUUUUGUGGCUGAAACAAUGUUCCUAUUAUCUGAUGACAUACUGUUUUAUGUUAUUCAGUAUGUGUUUGAGACAUAUAUAAAACCCAAGAAUGGAGUCUAUAAGGAUGGUGGCAAAUCAAUCCAAUGGGACCAAUUCAAAAUGUAUUCAUAUCAUUUUGCUUUUGGAGUCAGAGUUUUUGGCUCGCAUUGUUUCAGUUCUCAAACAUGGUGGGAUCUAGUUAAACCUUCUGGUAUUGAACACUACAAACAAGAGCUUAAGAAGCUAGAGGAGAACUUGAAGCUUGUUAAGGAUGUUUCAGAAGCUAACGGGUUUGCAAGAGAAGCUAUAGAGUCUAACAUUUUUCACUUUUGGAAGUCUCUCUUUGAAACAACACCGGAAAUGAUAAACCCUGAUAAGGAUAUAGUUCAUGAGCUGUUUAGACCUCUUUUGAAUGAAGCAAGCCGUGAUGCUUGCUCUCGUCUUCUUACUUCUUUACACAUAUGA